AUGUCUAUCUUUAUACCUGGUAGUUUAGUUGACAAGAAUCGUAAACAUUUUUGGAAUCAGUCUGGUCCAGAAGGUUAUGUUCCAGGAAUAGGUCGUGGUGACUUUGGUUUUACAACUCGUUCUGAUAUUGGUCCAGCAAAAGCGGCUGGCAUUCCUGGACCUGAUGAUAAAUUACCUCCAUUUAAGAAGUCAAAAGAUGAAGAUGAUGGUGCAGAUUAUAACGAUUCCAAUUUUAAUAAUUUUUUUGGAUAUUCAGGAAGUUUAGUUGCCAGAGAUCCUUAUGAGAAGGAUGAUGAAGAGGCUGAUUUAAUUUACCAAGCUAUUGAUGAUAGGUUGGAUGAACGUAGAAAAGAUCAUAGGCAAAAAAUUGCACUUGAAGCGAAGGAGUCUUUUAGAAAAGAAUUACCUGAUUUUCAUCAACAAUUUUCAGAUUUGACUAGACAAUUAGCAAGUAUAUCAGAGUCUGAAUGGUUAGCCAUUCCUGAUGUAGGUGAUACCAGAAACAAGGCAAAAAGAAAUCCUAGAGGUGACAAAUUUACACCAGUUCCUGAUUCAAUAAUUUCAUCAUCAAUGAAUUUUGGUCAAACAUCUUCUGUAAUGGAUAGUUCUGUUCAAAGUGGAGCUACAUCAGAAAUCGAUGGUGGGCAGUCAACAUUUAAAAUACCAUCUGCUGAUUUAGAUUUGGUAAAAAUUGGACAAGCUAAAAACAGAAUAAUGGAUAUUCAUUUAAAUAAAGCCUCUGACUCUGUUUCUGGUCAAACGGUCAUAGAUCCUAAAGGAUAUAUAACUGGAUUACAAUCUAUGAUCCCUCAACAUGGUGCUGAUAUAUCUGAUAUUAAAAAAGCACGACAAUUGUUAAAAUCUGUUAGAGAGACAAAUCCUUAUCAUCCUCCAGCAUGGAUAGCUGGAGCUAGACUUGAAGAAAUAGCAGGAAAAAUGCAAGUUGCCAGAAAUCUUAUAAUGGAAGGAGCUGAUAAAAAUCCUAAGUCAGAAGAUCUUUGGAUAGAAGCAGUACGUUUACAUCCUCCAGAGACUGGAAAAAAAAUUCUUGCAAAUGCAGUUUGUUAUCUACCUCAGUCUGUUCGUAUAUGGUUAAAAGCUACAGAUAUUGAAAAAGAAAAUAAAGCUAAAAAGAAGGUAUUAAGAAAAGCAUUAGAAAAUAUACCAUCAUCAGUUGUUCUUUGGAAAAAUUUUGUUGAAUUAGAAGAACCAGAGGAGGCAAGGCAAUUAUUAACUAGAGCUGUUGAAUGUUGUCCAACAUCAACUGAAUUAUGGUUAGCUUUAGCAAAACUUGAAACAUAUGAAAAUGCUCGUAAAGUAUUAAAUAAAGCCAGGGAACAUAUACCAACAGAGCGACUUAUUUGGAUUACUGCAGCAAAACUUGAAGAAAGUAAAGGAAAUGGAAAUGUAAUUGAUAGAAUUAUUGAUCGUGCUAUAAAGUCAUUACAAGGAAAUAUGGUAGAAAUUAAUAAAUCCCAUUGGAUUAAAGAUGCCAUAGAUUGUGAAAAAGCAGGAUGUUUAAAAACUUGUAAAGCUAUUAUUAGAAAUGUUAUAUCAAUUGGUGUUGAAGAGGUUGAUCAAAGAGAGACAUGGUUAAGUGAUGCUGAAAACUUUGUCAAAGAAAAUGCAUUUGGAUGUGCUAGAGCUGUGUAUGAUAUAUUGUUAGAUAAGUUUAAGAAAGAUAAAUUUAUUUGGGAAAAAGUUGCCAAUUUUGAAAGAGUACAUGGAACAACUGAGACAUAUCUUUCUUUAUUAAAAAGAGCUGUAGAGGAUGUUCCUAAAUUUGAAGUAAUUUGGUUAAUGUAUGCUAACUGUGUUUGGCGUGAAGGAAAUGUUGAUGAAGCUAGAAAAAUUUUAUCACAAGCUUUUGAAAAUAAUUCUAACAGUGAAUCAAUUUGGUUGGCUGCUUUUCAAUUAGAAAGUGAAAAUGGAGAAUAUCAAAAGGCAAGAAAGUUAUUAAAAAAAGCUAAAGAAUCAACAGAUUCUCCUAGAAUUUGGAUGAAAUCAGCCAAAUUUGAAUGGUGUUUAGGAAAUUUAGAUAAUGCAAAAGAAAUUUUAUUAAAUGGAAUUGAAAAAUUUGAAAAUUAUCCAAAAUUAUAUAUGAUGUUAGGACAAUUGUAUAUUGAACAGGGACUUAUUGAUGAGGCCCGUAAAACAUUUACUAAUGGUAUAAGAAAAAAUGUUAACUGUACUACAUUGUGGAUACUUCUCAGUAGAUUAGAAGAAUCACAAGGACAAUUAAUAAAAGCAAGAAGUGAUCUCGAAAAGGGUAGAUUAAAGAACCCAAAAAAUCCAUAUAUAUGGUUAGAGAGUAUUAGACUCGAAUGGAGAGCGGGUUUGAAAGAACUUGCCAAAGAGCGAUUAUCUAGAGCACUUCAAGAUUGUGAAAAUAGUGGAAUUUUGUGGGCAGAGGCAAUAUUUAUGGAAGAUCGGCAUGGAAGACGUAAAAAAAGUGUUGAUGCAUUAAAAAAAUGUGAAAAUGAUCCAAAUGUUUUGCUUGCAAUAGCCAAAUUAUUUUGGGCUGAAAGAAAGGUUAAAAAAGCAAGAGAUUGGUUUCAAAGAUCAUUAAAAAUAAAUCCUGAUAAUGGUGAUGCUUGGGCAUUUUACUAUAAAUUUGAACUUUUGUAUGGUACAGAAAGUGAACAAAAUAUUGUUUUUGAAAAUUGUACAAAAACUGAACCACAUCAUGGUGAAAUUUGGCAACCAAUUUUAAAAGAUUUUAAACAUUGGAAAUUAAAGACUGCCGAUAUAUUAAAACUAGUUGCAAGUCAAUUAGAAAUUCCAAAAUAA